AAAAUUCAAUUAUGUAAAUACUAACGUAAUGCACGGAUGCUCUUAACCCUCUUUUCGGCAUACCUCGUGUUUUCUUUAAAUGUCUGAAGUCUCAGUUCUUGGUUCUCUCAUCAUCUAGGGAGUGGAUCUUGUGAACCAUGAUUUUGUAGCGAUGGUUUAAGGCAAAAAACAAACAUGAAAAUUAAAUUAUUGUUCCAAGGAGUAAUUUGCGCUCUCAGUGUUAAUAUGGCGUGGACGUCAGAUUAUCUGGCGAACUGGCAGUGGAAGAACCUACGUUGGCUGAACAGGGGCCACGACCCGUGCCGGAGGAUCGGCGAGGCCGCCACCGGCAACAACACCCACAUCGUGAAAUACGUCCACGAGAUGUGCGGCGGGUACCUCCGCUUCUUCCACAUGACCCCGCCCGAGUACCACGAGCACUGCCCGGGCGCACACGAGCCCAAGUGCAUGUACCACGAGAAGAAGUGGUGCUGCACCGUCAAGAUCAACCACCGCAAGUUGGCCGACCCCAAACCCAAGGACUUCAAGAUCGUGGCGCUUACUUCCUGCCUCGCCACCAUCAACAACUGGGAUGAGCUCGUCGAGCAGGAGGUCGUCACCACAGAAAAGGACAUUUAUGAAAACCUCUAUAACUGACUCCGCACAUUGUGUGCCCCUUAGAAUUUCCCUUUUGGAGUUGGUGGAGUCCUCCCCAAGAGCCCCAUCGUUGGAUGUCUUUCGGUGCCUUCCCAUUGCUCCCCCUGAUGAGGUGCUCUUUCGAGCCCAACUACGCUAUCAAACUUUUCAUCCGACAUAAUUGAACGAAAAGUUGGAUGGAAAGUUGGACGCAAAAAAAGAGCCGUAUGCAAAAACGACAUUUUUCGCCCCCCCCCCCACUAAAACUUAUUCAAACUU